ACAUUAAAUAAACAUAUUUAUGUAUAUUUAAAUAGUUAAUAAUAUAGUGUGACUGCCAUUAUAAUCUAAUCCAAAGUAUUUAACAUCUGACAAAAUGAGCGACGCAAUGCUAGGUAAAGCUCUCUUAAUACGCGCAGUCGAAUGCGAUCAGAGUGGUAGAAUUUUGGAAGCUCAAACACUUUAUCAAGAUGGUAUUGCGCAGCUGAUGUCGUUUGUACACAGCGAACCGGAUGAAGUGAAGAAAAAAGGUUUUCUAACCCGAAUCAAAGAGUACAUCGAUCGAGCAGAUGCCAUCAAAGCGAGGGUAAAUGGCAAAAUGAUGCUCGGCGAGGUGGUCACCCACCUGUCGAUCGAAGAGAACGAUACGGGCAACGAUUACGAUCAAAUCUUCGGUCAAUAUAUGACCGAUAAGACCAUUGAAAUUAUGCUCGAAGAGCCGUAUUUAGCACAAAACUAUCAGUUUCAAAAUCUUAUUCGCUUCUUGGAGCUGGCUGUGACAAACUGCAAGCAUUUGAAAUACAUUCGAUUGAUCACCAAAAAAGAUACAAACAACCUGGAUCAGCAGAAAACUAAUUUGGGCCAAAUUAAAGCCGAUCUAGAGCGUCGUCAAAUUGCUUUCUAUAUCAAGUACGAGGACACUCUGCACGAUCGCAAAAUAUUCUUGAGCAAUGGGUAUAUAAUCAAAAUCGGACGUGGUCUGCACUUUUAUAAGGCCUCAAAUCCCUUGUACUCCAUUGGCCUCACCAACUACAAAUAUAGAAAAUGCUUGCAAACCGAUGUCGAUAUAUGGCGUACAACUAAAUAAGGACAAAAAAAGAAACAAUCUAUUAAAAUAAGAGAAGACAAAGUAAUUUUAAAACACUUCUAUUAAUUCCAAAAUACAGCUUUAAGAAUUUGUA